UCCACUCGAGAGGAACCGAAGCUCAGAUGGGGAACUGACAGCACAGGAGGAGGACUAGCCGAGCACAUCCACUCCUCAAGGAACGCCGAUAGCAGUUUCUGUCGGGAAUAUAAACAACACCAGGAGUUACAUUGUUGCCAGUUGCCGGGAGUUAUUUGUUACUUUGAAACCCGUCAGUUACUCGCUGUGAAAGUGAAUGGAUACAAGGUUUUUUUUUCCCCGAGGAAGUUUUUAGCCGACUGGCUAACUAAACAGCCGUGAGAUAUGAAGACUUCGGGUUCACAACAGAGUUACAGACUCAGUAUUUACUCUAAAUGAACUCUUAUGAAAACUUUUAUUUCAGCGGAGUCGGACAUAUGUAUUGUGAAACAGCGGACAAGUUUGCCUAAAUUCCAAAGUGAAGGAAGAAUGGCAGAGGAACUGAAUCCUACAGGAAAAGGGUUCUUCUGUGAACUUUAUUAACUUCUUUGCACCACGAAGGAAGGGUUUCUUCCUUGAUCGCUGUUGGAAUGGCACACAAUCCUGCAGUGUGACGGCAGCCUGGUCGUCAUGCUGGCCCUUGGAGUGGACCAUGUAGAAAGAGGGGCGAAUGUCGUCGCAGGAGGACCAGGAGGGAAGACGGUGACGACGGCAGCGUGGCCGAUCACACGAGAACUUGCCGUCAAUAUUAAACAGAAAAUCUCCCAAUGGGAGGGUCUCAGCCAGCAGGAGGACAUCCAAAGUGGGAAUAUUAAGCCCCAGCGGACUCUUGCAUCUCGUAGGCUUUCAGGGGACCUCCUUGGAAAUGGACUUGACGGCAAUGAUGGAGGUUAUAACAAAGCAACUGUAUCAAAAGCCAAAAGUCUGGGUUUAGAUUUCAGGGAAAACCAGAUGACUAUUAGACCGGUUACAGGAGAAACCCAAUCUGAUUUCCUAAGAAAUCUAACUCAUUCGAAUAAAACUUCUGUGACUAAGCCUUUAAGCACUGUAACCCAAGUCCAAGUGGCUAAACUGAAUAUUAAAAGCAAUAAUAUCAAGACAAACAAUUUCACAGAUGACAAAAUUACAUCUCUACCUCAAUGUGUAGAUGAUCCAGAGGCAUCAUUGCCUCCGGGGAACUUUUACACCUCCAGGGGUUUCUGGAAACGACUGGAGGCAGAUGAAUCUUUGUGGGGGAAGGAUUCCUCAAUGGUGACUAAGUGUCUUGGUGAAAUUGGACCUUCUUCUCCUCCACCUAAACCACAGCGCACAUUCCAGUACAAGGGUGCGAGCAGUCCGCCCGGCCAGUGGAUCCAGUUGGAGGACCAGACUCCGUCAGUCAGCAAAUCAAAUCAAGUCCGGAAGCAUGACAUCAUAUUAAAGCCACCCAGCUGUCCACCUCCUCCUAGUCCAGUCAACACUAUCAACGGGUUUUCCAGAAACAGAAAGAACAGCUUUGCGUCAGAAGACAGCUUGGAGAGUUUAUCUCUUGUAAACAGGAUCCAGGAGAUAUUUGAAGCCAAAAGAGGAAGGAAACGAGUAUGGGCGACAACAACCAGAGAUGAAUUGAGUGGAACAGAGAGUGAUCCUGAGGAGAGCUCUAAAGAUCGUUCCCAGCGCACAGUGUACAUUCAAUCAACUUUAAAGCGACGGCCGAGUUACCGCACUUUAGAGAGGGACCUGAUCCAACUACAAGAGCAGCAGCUUUUCCAGCAAUUUGUAGUGGUGUCGCUUAGAAAAGCUUCCCCUGGAAACACAUACAUCCCUGAGAUCACACAACAGUUCCCUACGAAGUUUGAGAGGUCUUCUCGUCUGUCUCGUGAGGCUGAAGACAGAUUAAGGGCGAUUCCCAAGUUUUGUUUUCCUGACUGUUAUGACUGGCGUCCCUCCUCGGACCACACCAGUGAAACGUUUUCUUUUGUCCUAACGGGGGAGGAUGGGAGUCGCUUAUUUGGAUACUGCCGCAAAAUCCUGCCCAGUGGGAAGGGGAAGAGACUGCCUGAAGUUCACUGCAUCAUCAGCAGACUGGGCUGCUUCAAUCUCUUCUCAAAGAUCUUGGAGGAGGUGGAGAGGAGGAGAGAGAUUUCCCCUGCCUUGGUUCAUCCUUUCAUGCACUGUGUCAUGGAAGCUCCCUUCCCUGCUCCUGGACGCACCAUCACCGUCAAGAGCUUCCUGCCGGGCUCUGGCAAUGAGGUUCUGACGCUGUGCAGGCCGGUGGACUCUCGUUUGGAGCAUGUGGACUUUGAGAGUUUGCUGCAGUGUCUCAGUGUGACCAGACUCCUGCAGGUCUUCGCUUCUCUGCUACUGGAGAGGAGGGUGAUCUUCAUCGCAGACAAACUCAGUGUCUUAUCCCGAUGUGCCCAUUCUGCCUUGGCUCUGCUGUAUCCCUUCACAUGGCAGCACACAUUCGUACCGGUGCUCCCUGCCAGCAUGCUGGACAUAUGCUGCUCUCCCACUCCUUUUGUGAUGGGGGCGCUGUCUCCAUCCCUGCCUGAGGUGCUGGAUAUGCCCAUCGAGGAGGUUCUUAUUGUGGAUUUGUGUGCGGACAAGUUUGUUGUUCAGCUUGGAGACGAAGACUGUAUCUUACCUAGAAAGCUGCAGGCAGCGCUUCAGGAGAUACUGGACAACAGGGAGGAGAUCCUAGAACAAAACACAAGAGACAGGAAUGGAGAUAAAUCAGACCUGAGCACAUUGGUGUCAGAGGCGUUUGUGUGGUUCUUUGUUGAGCUGGUGGGACAUUAUUCUCUCUACAUGAGCGACACAGGACCCGGUGGGACCCGAGAGCUGCAGAGAGACGCUUUCAGGAAAUCUCAUCCUUCCCGAGGAGUGCGACAGUUUCUCCAGCUCUUCAUGGACACGCAGAUGUUUGCUGGUUUCAUUCAUGACCGAGAGCUCAGAAAAGGGGGUGUUAAAGGGCUGUUUGAAAUGAGAGCAGCAGAAUAUCUGGAUUCGUAUCCUGAACCUGAACCAAGUGGAGUCAACAAAUUUCUCAAGGGGCUCGGAAAUAAAAUGAAAUUCUUGCAGAAGAAAUAGAGAACUGUGUCAAGACGCCAAGUAUGAGCGGCUUUUAUUCAAAAGUGUGUGAUGACUCAACCAGCAUGUCAGUUCCUCUUCCAUAGCCAACACGCAAAAGGGUGGAGAUGAGGUCAAGACUGGAAUCAGCUUGUUCUGCCCUGAAAAUUCUCUGGCUUGGAUUUGCCAUCCCAUCACAAAAGAGGAAAAGACUGGAAAUGAGUUUAUAAGCACAAGGAACAAAGACGACUGAAUUAGAACAAAGAGGAAAAGGAGGAGUCUGUGUCGUGUUAUUGUAAUUUUGAUAAAUAAGGAAAAAACUGACUAUGAAUGCAUAAUAACAAGAGUUGGGUUAAUGGCCAUGUCAGAGGUCUUAUGUGUUUUUAUUGUCUUUAAUAUAAUUUUUAUUAAACCAUACAAUAAGGUAAGCUUAUUUCCAGCUGGAAAUGUGUUGUUAAAAAGAAGAUAUGAUGAAGGAUGACUUCUAUUCCCCUUCAGGAAUUAAUUUAUGAUUCUUUAUAUGCACAGAAAUGGCCUUUCCAGUUAUGUCAACCUUUUUUUUUUUUGUGCCAAAUUUUCUGUUUUGUCAAAUAACAAUGCAAGUGUUUUCAGAGGCUUUUACAUUUUGUACAGUUGUGUUUUUAGACAAACUAGACUUUUUGUAACAUUUGGGGGGGAAAAACAGCUUUCUGAUGCAAUGUUGGACAGGAAGUGUGAAACAAACAAUGUGAGCUUGAUGUGGAAAUUGAACAUUUUGAUGAAUGUCAAGAGAAUGAGAAUGUAUAGGGUGCAUGGGUUUAAAACAUAUGGGAAGCUUAUAUUGAAAGGAGUAUACAGUGUUAUUAAAAACUACACUUACAGCA